UUAAAAAAGAAAAGGAAAAGAACCGAACGAACCCUACCAAAAACCCCCUAUUUCUCUCCCUCGUCAGCAGUCCCUCCACAAAACUCCUCAAAUCUAAGCUUUGCUUACGCCCAUCUUUCACGGCUAGUUUCUUGUUCUUUCUCUCCCGUUCUUUCUUUCCCGAGAACCAAACAGACUGGCUCCACUCUCUUGAUUUCCAUCCUUCAUUUCUCUUCUAAGUUUUUAUCUCCAAGGUAUUUGCAGUUAUAAUUAUUUGUUUCUUUGUUCAUUUUAAGUUUCUGAGGAAUUUAGGAUUAGUGUUUUGGCUCCUAUUGUUUAAUAAACAUGAACUUGAAGCAUUUAAUUUCUAGGAAAACAAUCAGUAGUUUAUCAAAAAUCAAUGGAAAAUCAGUUUCUAAUAAUUCCAAAUAUUUUUCAACCAUUUCGGCCGCAAUAUCUCCUUCCCAUCAUCCAUUAAGUAAUUUUCAAAGCUCUGCUUAUCUUCACAACCCUAAAAUCCCUAAACCCAUUUUCCCUUUUAUUAGAUAUGUUCACUCAACCCUAGAAACUAAGCUAAGUUAUGCUAGUGUUGAAGCAAAACUUGCGUCUGAUUCUGAGGAAGAGGAGGAUGGAACAGUGAAUGAGUUCUUAUCGCGAUUCUUUUGGAUAAUGAGGGGCAAGUUAUCCGAAGUAUACACGGAUUGUGAUAAGGAGAUAAUUGAUGGGAUGCUUUUGAUUAUUGUUGAGAAGGUUUUGGAAGAGAUGGAGAAGGGUGGUAUUAAGCAGACGCUUGGUUCCACAGUGGCAAUGCCAUCACAGGAUUUUAGUGAAGAUUUGUGGAGGACGGUAUGGGAGGUGAGUAAUAUGGUGUUGGAGGAUAUGGAGAAGGCAAGGAAAAAGGAAAAAAUGAAGCAGUUUUUGCAAUCCGAAGAAGUGAAAGAAAUGUGUCGGUUUGCUGGUGAAGCUGGGAUUCGUGGGGAUUUGUUGAGGGAGCUCCGGUUCAAAUGGGCUAAAGAGAAGAUGGAGGAGAAUGACUUUUAUAGGAGCUUGGAUCGUCUGAGGGAUGAAAAGCCAGCAAAGGAUGGAAAGAUCUUCAAUGAACAGGCUGUUGUAGCAGAGGAUAAGCCUAGCGUUGCAUCUCUUCCAAAAAGAAAGGGAAAGCUAAAGUAUAAGAUCUAUGGACUGGAUUUAUCAGAUCCCAAGUGGGCUGAAGUGGCUGAUAAAAUCCAAGAGAGAGAGGAAAUUCAGGAGCCAAAGCCAAUAUCUGGGAAGUGCAAAUUGGUCAUGGAGAAAAUUCUUUCACUAAAAAAGGAGGAUGAUCCCUCACAGAUUUUGGCUGAAUGGAUAGAGCUUUUGCAACCUAGUCGUGUUGACUGGAUCACUUUGCUUGAGAGAUUGGGACAACAGAAUCCUGACAUACACUUAAAGGUAGCAGAACUUGUCUUGGGUGAAGAAUCUUUCCAAACAAACGUUCCUGACUAUACAAAACUGAUUGAUGCCUAUGCUCAAGAGAAUCGCCUAGAAGAUGCAGAGAGAAUCCUUAAGAAGAUGGUUGAAAAUGGUAAAAUGCCUGAUAUUUUAACUGCCACGGUUCUGGUUCACAUGUAUAGCAAGGCGGAUAAUGUUGCCCGUGCUAAAGAAGCAUUUGAAAGCUUGAGGAACUAUGGCUUCCAACCAGACAUGAAGGUCUACAACUCAAUGAUAAUGGCCUACAUUAAUGCUGGCGAACCUAGGUCUGCUGAGUCAUUGAUGAGAGAGAUGGAAACAAGAGACAUCAAACCUUCAGAGGAGAUUUACAUGGCAUUGCUUCGGUCUUAUUCUCAUAGUGGUGAUGUUGUGGGAGCUGGACGAAUUGCAACCACCAUGCAGUUUGCAGGAUUCCAACCGACUAUGGAAUCUUGUUCAUUGCUUGUGGAGGCAUAUGGCCAAGCUGGUGAUCCUGAUCAAGCUAGGAGCAACUUUGACAACAUGAUAAAACUUGGGCACAGACCUGAUGACAAGUGCACUGCUAGCUUGAUUGCAGCUUAUGAGAAGAAAAAUUUGUUGGAUAAGGCCUUAAACCUUCUAAUGCAGCUGGAGAAGGAUGGUUUUGAACCUGGAACUGCCACGUAUACUGUUCUUGUGGAUUGGUUGGGUAAAUUGCAGCUGGUUGAAGAGGCUGAGCAGCUAUUGGGCAAGAUUGCUGAACUGGGUGAAGUUCCUCCUUUAAAGGUUCAUGUAAGCCUCUGUGAUAUGUACUCGAGGGCUGGAUUUGAGAAAAAAGCUCUUCAGGCUCUUGGAGUUUUGGAAGCUAAGAAGGAGGAAUUGGGUCCCAAAGAGUUUGAGAGAACUAUCAAUGCACUUAUAGCUGGUGGUUUUGUGCAGGAUGCUCGAAGGAUACAUGGGCUGAUGGAGGCCAAGGGCUUUAUUGCAUCAGAGCAAUUAAAGGUCGCCCUAAUGGCAUCUCAGGCUUUCAGCCAGAGAAGACCCACAAAGAGAUAGCCUGGUCAUUAGAAGUGAUGAUUCUGAAACCUUUGCGUGCAACAAAGGUUAGAUAGUUAAAUUUAGAAUCUUAGCACACUCACUGAGUGGCCUGUGGGAUGUAAUUUGUUUAAACAGGUGAGACAAGCUUUAAUGUUUUCUUGAAUCACAGUACUUCGUAAUAAUUUUGGGAAAGAUGUAGGUUGGUUUCUCCCUUGAUGCAAUUUGUUGGUUUCGGCAUUUUUAAUGUAUCUAGAUUGCAGAUUUUGU